AGGUUCCCCUCGGAGGCCUGGGGCCCGCCAGCCUCCGUCCGUCCUGCCCCGGCCGGCGCGGCCGUCCGCCGUCAUGGACCUGCACCUGCACCGAGCGGAUUACUUACAGGUGGGGGUGACCUCUCAGAAGACCAUGAAGCUGCUUCCUGCCGCCAGACAUGGAGCUACACAAAAGGUGGUUGUUGGAGAUCAUGAUGGGGUAGUUUUGUGCUUCGGCAUGAAGAAAGGAGAAGCAGUGGCAGUGUUCAAGACUUUACCAGGGCAGAAGGUUGCCAGACUGGAGCUAGGAGGCCUUCUUAACAUGCCCCAGGAGAAAAUUUUUAUCGCUGCAGGAUCUGAGAUUCGAGGUUUCACAAAAAGAGGGAAACAGUUCCUCUCUUUUGAAACAAACCUUACUGAAAGCAUUAAAGCUAUGCACAUAUCCGGCUCAGACCUCUUCCUCAGUGCGAGCUACAUCUAUAACCAUUAUUGCGACUGCAAAGACCAGCACUAUUACCUCUCCGGGGACAAAAUCAAUGAUGUCAUCUGCCUUCCAGCGGAAAGGGUACCUCGUGUUACACCGGUACUGGCCUGCCAGGACAGACUUCUCAGGGUCUUACAGGGAUCGGACGUGGUCUACGAAAUCGAAGUUCCUGGCCCACCCACUGUCUUAGCACUGCACAACGGGAACGGCGGUGACUCUGGAGAAGACCUUGUGUUUGGAACGUCAGAUGGAAAACUUGGGCUCGUUCAGAUCACCGCAUCCAAGCCAAUACACAAGUGGGAAAUUCGAAAUGAGAAAAAGAGGGGAGGAAUUUUGUGUGUUGACAGCUUUGACAUUGUGGGUGAUGGGGUUAAAGAUGUGCUUGUUGGAAGAGAUGACGGAACGGUGGAAGUGUAUAGUUUUGAUAGUGCAAAUGAGCCUGUUCUACGCUUUGAUCAAGUGCUGUCUGAAAGUGUCACAUCUAUCCAGGGUGGUUGUGUAGGGAAAGAUGGCUAUGACGAAAUUGUACUAUCCACGUAUUCGGGCUGGGUGACGGGUCUGACGACAGAGCCUGUUCACCGGGAGAGUGGGCCAGGCGAAGAACUCAAACUUAAUCAGGAGAUGCAGAGUAAAAUUUCUUCUCUACGGAGCGAGCUGGAGCACCUGCAGUACAAGGUGCUCCAGGAGAGGGAGAAGGACCAGCAGGCUUCCCAGUCCAGCAAGGCGAGAUCAGCAGCACCUUCUUUCAGUAUCAACGACAAGUUUACAUUGAAUACAGAUGAUGCCAGCUACAGCCUCAUCUUAGAGGUGCAGACAGCGAUUGAUAACGUCUUAAUACAGAGCGAUGUUCCAAUAGAUCUACUGGAUGUGGACAAGAACUCGGCUGUAGUCAGCUUCAGCAGCUGUGAUUCCGAGUCCAGCGACAACUUUCUUCUCGCCACUUACCGGUGCCAAGCAAAUACCACGAGGCUGGAACUCAAGAUUCGCUCAAUUGAAGGCCAGUAUGGCACACUUCAGGCAUACGUGACUCCGAGAAUUCACCCCAAAACCUGUCAGGUCCGCCAGUAUCUCAUCAGGCCCCUGUCACUCCAUCAGAGAAGUCACUGUAUUGAUCAUGACAGACCCAUGAACACACUGACUCUGACAGGCCAGUUCAGUUUCGCCGAAGUGCACUCCUGGGUGGUGUUCUGCCUUCCCGAAGUUCCUGAGAAGCCUCCAGCAGGGGAAUGUGUGACCUUUCACUUCCAGAACACCUUCCUGGAUACACAGCUGGAGAGUACCUACAGAAAAGGAGAAGGAGUUUUCAAAUCUGACAACAUUUCUACUAUAUCCAUCUUAAAAGAUGUGCUCUCUAAAGAAGCUACAAAAAAGAAAAUUAACCUCAACAUAUCAUACGAGAUCAAUGAAGGGUCAGUCAAACACACUCUAGAGCUAAUCCAUCCAAAGCUCGAGUACCAGUUGCUUUUGGCUAAGAAAGUGCAGUUGAUUGAUGCUUUAAAAGAAUUGCAGGUCCAUGAAGGAAAUACAAAUUUUCUGAUACCAGAAUAUCGCUGUAUUCUAGAAGAGGCAGAUCAGCUGCAGGAAGAAUACAAAAAGCAACCCGCACAUCUUGAAAGACUCUAUGGCAUGAUCACGGAUCUUUUUAUAGACAAGUUCAAGUUCAAAGGCACCAAUGUGAAAACCAAAGUACCUCUUUUGCUGGAGAUUCUGGACAGUUAUGACCAAAACGCGUUGAUUGCUUUCUUUGAUGCUGCAUGAAAUAUAAACAAGGAGUUGAGAUCGAUUAGCAACUGAUUUCACUCCUGCUAGAUAGUGAACAUUGUGACUGGGCUCAGUUCGUGGAAUGCUUGCGUCGGCUCAGCGGCACGAGUUGUGGACGGGGAAGGAGCAGAGCUUGCACAGACAGGGUGGGGAGAUCUCCGGGUGACGUUCUGUAACCAGUAGAGCUGCUGAGUGUCCAUGUGAAUAGCAGGAACAGUGAUGACUUCUUAGAUUUUCCUGUACUAGCAUCAACUCCUUUCCUUUAUGUCAUGUGUGAAGGGAAAUAAAACUUUAAGGCUAUGGGAAUUUUGUUCAUUAAUUGUAAUUAAUAUGUAUUCAUAUUCGAGGGAAUAUUGUAUUUAAAGGUUGCUUUAAAAUGACAUAAAGAUUAUACUGGAAAGUAAGCUAUUUAUGUUUUUAAGAAAGGUACACUCAUGAAUUUGUCAGAAAACAAUCAUACUUCUUAAUUAUGUACAUUAUAUUGAUUAGUUAUG